CUGGCAAUGCUUGCUUUAUAGACACAACAGGCUGCAGGCAGGAAAUUAUUCCAGUCAACACACAAACAUUUGAAUUAGUCCUGGAAAAAGAUCAACUGUGCUAAAGACAGCUCCAGAACCUCCCCACCAGCUGAAAUGCACAAUUUCAAGAGUGCAUGAACACACACACACAAAAACAAAAUUUUUGGCACAAUUUUAUUCCUCUGUUCAUUUUAUAUAUAGCUUCUUUUUAGCCAGAGUUUUAUUUAAAGACUAUAUAUGGUCAUUUCCUCUGCUUAUAUAUUUUUAAAUCGUUAGCAACCACCUUGCGAGGUGGGACCAAGUGGGAGAGAGGGAGGCCGUCCGUCCCCCGAGGUCUCCCAGCAGUCUUCAGAUGUCGGGCAGGGAUUCGAACCCGGGCUGCGGCCUUUGGUUUUGGUGUGCUGUUUGCACCCUACUUUUGCAGCCGCAACACUGAAAACAAAACAGCUGGCUGUAAGGACAGACAGUGUGAAAAAUUGUCAGAUGUUGGAAGCCAGGUAAAACAGAUAAAAAAUGCAUAGCCCAUAAAUAAGGCAGAAAUCCAUCAAAGGAGUGUUAAAAACUGGGGUAGAAAAGCUAGGAGCCAAAUGGCUCCUGGAACCUGGUUUGCAGGCGCCAAACAGAAUGUCUAGUUGCCCGGGGUGUGUGUGUGUGUGUGACAACACUUUAUUAUUUUGAUAAGCAUGAACUAAUAUGCAAUUCACAUAAAUGACACAUUGUUAAUAUCACAUUUUUAGCGGAGGUGGUUAAUGCAUGUUUAAUUUGGUGUUUAUAGUGAAAAUAUUGGUACCAUACUUCUGUUUUCAAAACACUCUUUAUUGUUAAAUUCCUUAACAUAUUGUCUAUUUUUAACAUAUGCUUCGAGGCUUCAAAGCACAUACAUUUUAGUAAUCGUUGAGUGUCAGCCAGACACAAAAAAUGGCACCCAGACUUUUGGAGGUGCUUGCAAAUGGAGAAUCUUUAGGUGCAAAAUGUGCCCUGCUAAUUUCAAGCAAUUAAUUGCAGCGCAAUGUGAACUCAGUAGUGAUUUGGAAUAAACUGGAAUGGCUGCUGAACACCAGCUCAGUCGGUAGAGCAUGAGAUUCUCAAUUUCAGGGUUCUAGGUUUGAGUCCCACGUUGGGCAGAAGAUUCCUUCAUUGCAGGGAGCUGGACUAGAAGACCCUCGUAGCCCCUUCCUACGCUACGAUUCUAUGAUCUGCACUAUGCAUUUAAAGUGGGAUCAUGCCUCGUUAAACAGUUGCAGCUUCCUGCAAAGCAUUCUGGGAGCUGUAGUUUGCUAAGAGAAGCAGAGAGUUGUUGGGAGACCCCAUAUUCCCCUCCAUGAACUACAACCUCCAGAGUUCCCAGCGAAGAGGGGACGAUUAUCAAACCACUCUGGGAACUGUAGCUCUGGGAGGAGGAUAGAGCGUCUCCUAACACCCACAGAGCUACAAUUCUCAGACAAUUAACUCGUAUAUCAGUGUUCCUUACACCGGACGGCUGAUACGAUUACUAGUAACAUUUGAGUACCGCCUUACAUCGGCAGAUCUCGGGGCGGUUUGCAGCAUAAAAAUACGCAAACCUGGCUCCAUGACAGCUAUACUUUUUGUGUUGAUAUUAACAGGAAAAACCAAAAGAAAAUGGGUUGCUGUUUUUUUGCUGGUGGAGGGGAGAAAGUACUGUAUGUCUGAAACUGGACGAAGACUUUGCAAAAGUCGCAGCUCCCUACAAGCUCUUGGGGACAGCUUGAUAUAUUUUGAGUUUCUAACAUGGAACAGAACGUGGCACAUAUUAGCCAAAGCCCCUGUGUGCAUGGAUUUGUGGAGGGAGUAGCAUUCCCUUCUGGGCAGCCCCUCUCUUCGCCAAAUCUUCGCCCUCAGUGCUGCCGUGGUCCUGCCGGCACCGUGGUUCCACACUGUUUAUGAUGUGGCUUCCUUUCCCCCCAGAGGCCGGCCUCCUCCUCCUCCUCCUCUUUGACGUAGAGUCUGCCGAUGCUCUGCUUGCUAGGUCUCCGAGAACUUGCUUGGCGCUUCCUCCCUCUCCUCUCCCCGCCUGCUUUCAGCAGUCAAACCAGGAAAUAGAAAAAGCGUCUCCGUUUGCUGGGUUGGAGACACACACAGAAGCUUUUCUCUAGGCUGUUCCACGGAAAAAACCCCUCCCGCCAAGGUGUGCCUUCCUAAGAAAAACCACGCUUGUGCAAAUCGGGAGAUAGAGAGAUAUAUUUGGCGAAAUUGCAGCCACCACCCCUCUGGAGACAAGGAAGGAAGAGCCAGGAGGCUAGGACGUGAAGCGUUGCCUCAGGACAGCCCCUCUCAUUCUCCCCCUUGCCGCCAUGUCGCCGUCUUCGGAGAGCAGCCCGCGGCAGGCGCCGGAAGGAAUCCCCACGGCCCCUUCGAGGAGAGGACCCCCGGCCCACUAGCGCAGCACAUGCGGGUGACGGUCCACCCCCUGGCACCCUCCCCUCCUCCUCCUCUUCCUCCUCCUCCUCUACCCGGGAUGGUUUACUGACCAAGAAGAGAGAACCGGCAUUUUCGACCUCCUUUUCUUCUUCUCUCGCUUUCGUGCUCCCCUUCCCCCUGACCCCCCCGCCCUCUCCCCGCCCUGACCCCCCCAGCCACCACCCCUGCAACGUUUCGGCCCUCGGAUUUGCAUGGCAGCAGCGUAACCGUGGAGAGGCCAGGGUACCACAAACUUAUGGAUUUUGAUAAGAGAGGAGGCAAAGGGGAGGCAGAGGAAGGGCGAAGGAUGUCUAAGACGGGGGGCAGCCGCAACACGCACGGGAGCCGGACGUCAGGGACCAACUCUGGAGUCUUAAUGGUCGGCCCGAACUUCCGCGUCGGGAAAAAGAUUGGGUGCGGGAACUUUGGGGAGCUUCGACUAGGGAAGAACCUCUAUACGAACGAAUAUGUAGCGAUCAAGUUGGAACCCAUCAAGUCCAGGGCUCCUCAGCUCCACCUGGAAUACCGGUUCUACAAACAGCUGGGAAAUGCAGAAGGGAUACCUCAGGUCUAUUACUUUGGGCCCUGCGGGAAAUACAAUGCGAUGGUCUUGGAGCUGCUGGGACCCAGCCUGGAGGACCUCUUUGACCUCUGUGACCGGACCUUCACCCUCAAGACGGUCCUUAUGAUCGCCAUCCAACUGAUCACCCGCAUGGAGUACGUCCACACCAAAAGCCUGAUCUACAGAGACGUCAAGCCGGAGAACUUCCUGGUGGGACGCCCCGGGAGCAAGCGCCAACACGUCAUCCACAUCAUUGACUUCGGCCUGGCCAAAGAGUUCAUCGACCCUGAGACCAAAAAGCACAUCCCGUACCGAGAGCACAAGAGCCUGACCGGCACGGCGCGGUACAUGAGCAUCAACACGCACCUGGGGAAAGAACAAAGUCGCAGGGACGACUUGGAGGCGUUAGGUCACAUGUUCAUGUACUUCCUCCGGGGGAGCCUGCCCUGGCAGGGCCUGAAGGCGGACACGCUGAAGGAGCGAUAUCAGAAGAUUGGCGAUACCAAAAGAGCCACCCCGGUUGAAGUGUUGUGCGAAAACUUCCCUGAGGAGAUGGCCACGUACCUCCGAUAUGUCCGCCGCCUGGACUUCUUCGAGAAGCCGGACUACGACUACUUGAGGAAACUCUUCACAGACCUCUUUGACCGGAACGGCUACGUCUUUGAUUACGAAUACGACUGGGCAGGGAAGCCUUUACCGACCCCCAUUGGCACAAUUCAGAGCGAUUUACAAGUCCAAGCUCCAAACAGGGAAAAAACUCAGCAGUACAUCAAACAGCAGGUCAUGAGUUCAACCAACGGGGAGCUGAACACAGAUGACCCCACUGCCGGCCACUCAAAUGCUCCCAUCACCGCCCCUGCUGAAGUCGAGGUGGCGGAUGACACAAAGUGCUGCUGUUUCUUCAAGAGGAGGAAGAGGAAAACCAUUCAGCGCCACAAGUGACGUGCUCCCCUUCCCCGGUUUGGCCGAAGCCAGCAUCCACUCGGGACUACGUUUCCACCCUCCGCCCCUCUUCCUUUUCACUUCCUGUCUGUGGAUAAUGGAUCUUGAUCCUUUGGUCGGAGGGGAGAGGACAGGCCUUCUCCCCUCCGCCUGCUCCAGAUUUGCAAGGGGUCCGUGUGGCGUACAACCUGCUUUUGACUCCACUCGCAGGCUUGUCCGGGGAGAGGAAGGGAAGCCUCUCCCCCACUCUCAGCCUGAAUAUAUAUAUAUAUAUAUAUAUUUCUUUUAUUUUAUUUUCCCUUCCUCCAAGAGACACAGCAACAGAGGGAAGCGGAACCGGCAGGAGGAGGAAGAAAAAAGCACGUCGCUGAACUUUCUUUGGAAGUGCCCACGCCUCUCCUUGGUUUUGCAAAGAGAAAAAAAAGCAUUAACUAUUUAUGCAGCAGCAGCAGCCCCCUCCAAGGAAAAAAAACCCCACACUUGUCUGGGCUCUUCUCUCCCCCCUUCCUCACCUUGGUUUCAUGGAAUUAUUUUUUUUGGAAGCAAAAAAAAAGAACCCGGGAAUAAGUUCUUUGCAGAAGAUUUGCUGGGACGAUGCUGGGAAUGUCAGCUGCAGCUAAUAUUCCCUCCCCUCCUCCCCCCCCCACCCUUUGCUGUUUCUUUGUCUCUUUAACUUAAUUUAAAAAUUGCAUCUUAGUCAUUGUGUUUGUGGGACAGUCUCCUUAUUUUCUUUCUCCCCCUCCUUCCCUCUGUUUUUGUAGCGAUGCAAACUUUUUUUGCAUCAUGUGUUUUUUUUAAUUUCAUAAAGUAUCUUGUUUUAGAUUUGUGCCCCCCCUUCCCAACUCUCUUAAGUUUCUCCCCCACCCCCUGCCGAUUUAGUUGUGGCCAAGGUCCUUUUGGGGAGACGGAGGGAAGUCCCUGGGGAAUGGGGUGUCCCCUCCGUCUCCAGCACAGCGGGGGGAGGGGGGCAAAGUGGGGUUUUGUGUCUGGGGAGGAAAGCGGCUCGUUUACACUUUCAUUUUUCAAUGCACUUUUUUGGGGUAGCAAUACAAGGAGCACCUGCGUCUUGAAAUUAACCAGGCUUUAGAGAAUUCUUUGGGGUUUGUUUUGAGAAAAGCUAAAUACUUUUUUAAUUAAAAAAAAAAGACUCGCUGGGGGUGGGGGGGGCCUUGGAUCUCAGGAACAGCUGCCAGCCAAGAUGAACCCCCAAAAUGACUUCCAUUGCUAUGAGAAUUUAUUUUUUUGGGGGGGGGGGAGUUCAGAAAGGAGAGGGUUGGGGGUGGCCAGAGCCAAAAAUCUAAACCUGAAUUAUCCGUGCUGCUAUGUCCUUGCUAGGAUCCAAAAGGAUCUGCCACUCUGCGGGGGGGGGGGGGACGAGCCUAGCCCCUAAAACUUCCAACCGGAACAGAUCUGUAGCAAGAGCUCCUUGGGGAGGGGGUGAGAAGGAAGCCUUGGCUGAACAAAUUCAUGAGAGGACAACCCACCCUCUUGUUUUCGUGUCCCCCCCCCCCCAAAUACAGAUCAGACACUCACACUGGCGAAUUCCAGUUUCUGCUAAACUGCUCAGCUACGGGAUGUUGUCCGAGAAGUCAGGCUCUCCGUCGCAGUUUUAAAUCUUGUGCAUUUUGCUGCAGGUAGCCAGGAAAUGCAUAGAAGGAGAUUGCCUCCUUGGUGGUUGUUUUGGGGUGGUGGGGAGCGUGCCCCCCUUUUUCCUUCUAGGUUUCUUGCCCACCUUUAAAUCCCACCCAGGCUGCGCCCAGUUAGGACAACACCUUGGCGAAGGCAUGUUUGUGCCCCCCCUCUCUUCCAGCCAACCGGAUGACCCCCCCAAACACCACCCUUCUUGGUCCUGCAAAGUUUCUGGGCACGCUGGGGAGGGGGUGUCCCCGUUGCUUCCAAACAAGGACUGAGAAGCCUCACUGCUUCUUUAUAGACAAAUAUAUUUUUAUACAGAGAAGAGGGGGAAGGCAUUGCCUUUCCCUGCACCUAUUCCAGAGUAGCAUGUUCUGUUUCCUUUAAUAAUAAUAUAAAAGCCUGUCCCGUCCCCCGCCCCUCGCCUACAAAUGAUGUAAUCAUGACACUUGUUAAUGUCAGGCUAUGGUUGGGUGAGGGGGGGGGGCUCCUGUGAUUAGACGAGCAGGGAAGUUUUUUUUGGGGGGGGUCCCUUGGUCUCUUGCACUAAAUGGCACCCACGUCGCUUGCGACAAGCCCAAGUUCUACAUGUCUUAAAACUGCCGUACCUCCUCACCAUUAGUAAUACCCCCCGUUGCGUCGAUUUCCCCCCCCCCCCCCCACGGAAAAAAAUUACCCACCAAGCUGUGCAUGCUUGCCCUUGUCUUGUUCACUUGAUUGUGCUAGAGUCAAAUUGGUUAACAGUGGGAUCUAGGUUUCUAGUCCUCCUCGUUCCUUUGUGGCCGGACAGCAGACCCACCCACCCACCCCAAGUUGCGUUGGGAGUUAGUGCCAGAAUGCAAGGCCCACCCCGACCCCCCCCCCCACCCUGCCUCUCUCUCUACAUCGGAACCCCUUGCAAAAAGCCGAAAUUAAGUUUUCAAUUGUGUGUGCUUUUAAAGAUGGGUUUCUUGGGGUGUGUGCCUCCUUUUUUUUUAAAAUGACUCCAUGUUUCUUUUACGGCUACUUGGAAGAAAAGGCAGGGUGUAGGGAGGAAAGAACUAAAAAACAAAAAUUCAAAUUAUCGUCUUGCUGUACCAGUCUUAGGUUUAUAAACUCAGUGCCUCAAAAGAGGGAGGUGUGGUUUCUUGGGGGGGAAGGGGGCAUUGGAAUGGAAAGAUGGGAGGAGGCGUUAAGGUAAAGGGCAGAAAAAAUUAUAAUCCUCGAUUCUGGUGACUUUCACUAAAAAUAGGGUUACUUAGAUACGUGUAAUGUUUGAGCUUGUUCCCCAAACACUGCAAAAGAGGGGGGAGGGAGGGAAUUUUAAAAAAAUCAGCCUUAAAUGAUAUGCUGGGGUGGUGGUGGUGGUAAUGUAGUUCCAGUCCCUGGAGGGUGUAAAAGAGAAAUUAAAAUUAAAAUGUUUAUGUAAAAAGAGUGCAUGUGAGUGUGCUUGGAUUGCCAGUUGCAAUGUGGACUAUUCUGGUUUUAAUAGGGGCAGACUUUGAAAAGAUUUACGUUGACAGAACAGAGGUCGACAUCAAGGUGUGGUUUUUGCCGUUUGGGCCCCGAUUGUCAGAAGCUUGCAUCAAAAUGAAUCUUGCAGACCCAGCAA